AUUCUACUUAAAAUUUCUUUAUUAUGGAUGAUUUGAAAGAUCCUAAUUUAAACGCAGAUAUGAAUAAAAAUAUGGCAGCUGCUGACAGACUGUCUAUCUCUGACAAAAAUUUGCAAUUCAUCUUAAUUUAUAAUGACACAAGUGCGAUUCUUGGGGGUACGAAUAUGACAUCUCGCCAUUGGAGCGGCAGUAUCUGGUAUUACAAUCAAAUUUCAGAAUUUGAUAGAGACAAAGCUCUCGUUACCACAAACACCGAAAGCGGUGUUUGCGACGGUGUUUAUUUGGAACAUAAUAAAUUUCUAGUUGCCGACGAUAACGGAUGUUUGCAAGUGUUCAAUUUCGUCGAGGCUGGCGAUAAACAUGUUCCGAUGUUACAAUGUUCAGGAUUCACUUCCUCGCAUAACAGUGCUCUAGUAACUCUGUCUGUAUUCAACGAUAACGAACAUUUAGUUACCGGUGACUCGGAUUAUUGUAUAAAAGUGUGGGACAUAACAGAAUUAAUUACGACGUAUUCGUUUCCGUACGCUCAUGAGAAUGCAGUUACUUGCGUCGACGUACAACCUAGGAGCAACACAACAUUUGUGUCAACGUCAUUAGAUUGCGAGGCAUUAAUGUGGGAUCUAAGACAAUCAAAACCAGCCCAAAGUAUUCUAAAGAAAGAUAUAGGUCUGACAACGGUGAAUUGGAAUUCCGUUUUAGAUCACAUUGUAGCGAUAGGUUCUGAUAACGGAGAUGUUGUAUUAAUGGAUAUUAGAAAACCGGGUGUCUCUGUGUUGGAAGAAACAUGUAUAUUUCCUAGACCAGUACAAAAACUCUUAUUCAAUCCAAAUCCUGAAAGGUCAGAGGAUUUAGCCUGUUGCUGCGACGACAACUUCGUGCACGUACUUGAUGUAAACAACAACUUUUCAUCAUUAUACAAAAAUGAGGAUCACACUGAUUUCGUUCGUGGACUCUCAUGGUACAAGGAUCAGUUAUUUUCUUGUUCCUGGGAUAGUACAGUGCUCAGACACGACGUAUAUUCCCAUCAUAUUAAAUAAUGCUCCGUUUGUAACCGAGAA